UUUCAGCACUGUGAACUAAGACCACAAGUAAAGCAUACAAAAUGCUGUGCCCCUGGCAGUUUGUGUUCAAAUCUCGUGCUGCCAAGAGCCAGUGCUCUGGAGAGAAGGAUUUCAAUAACAACGUGGAGAAAAAUAGGAAGAUCCGUGGCUUAGAAAAGGAUGAUACCAAAUUGUAUGAUCCAAGCAAGAAGCAGAUCAAGGUGCUGCCCGUCGUGACUUCGGCAAAGACCGGGGAGGAGGGAGAGAACUUUCCUCAAAGUGAUACCAAAGUAUCAAACCAAAUAUCAAGAUGUCCAAGACAUUUAAGAAUAAGAAACUUGGAAAAUGGAUCCAGCUUUCUUGACACACUACACCUGACAGCAAAGGAGGUUAUGAAUUGCCAGACCAAAGCCUGCCAAGGGUCACUCAUGACCCCAAAGGGCCAGGUGAGAGGGACCAGAGAUGGGCCAGUUCCACUGGAAGAGCUUUUGCCUCAGGCAAUAGACUUUCUCAAGCAGUACUACAGUUCAUUUAAAGAAUCAAAAAUGGAAGAAUACCCAGGCCGGCUGGAAACAGUGACCAGGGAGAUAGAAACUACAGGAACCUACCAUCUGACAAAGGAUGAGCUGACCUUUGCUGCCAAACAGGCCUGGAGGAACGCACCCAGGUGCAUUGGGAGAAUCCAGUGGUCCAAUCUACAGGUGUUUGAUGCACGGGACUGUAAAACAGCACAGGAAAUGUUUGAGCAUAUCUGUCGUCAUAUUCAGUAUGCCACAAACAAUGGGAAUAUAAGAUCAGCCAUCACGGUGUUCCCGCAGCGGACGGACGGGCAGCACGAUUUCCGGGUGUGGAACAGCCAGCUGAUCCGCUACGCCGGGUACCGCCUGCCCGGGGGGGCCGUGCUGGGAGACCCUGCCAGUGCAGAGUUCACACAGCUGUGCAUCGAGCUUGGGUGGAAGCCGAAAUAUGGCCGCUUUGAUGUACUUCCACUUGUCCUCCAAGCAAACGGCCAAGACCCAGAAAUAUUUGAAAUACCUCCAGAAAUUGUCCUUGAAGUGCCAAUGGAGCAUCCAAAGUAUGAGUGGUUCAAGGACCUGGAUCUGAGGUGGUAUGCGCUGCCUGCCGUGUCCUACAUGCUGCUGGAGGCGGGGGGCCUGGAGUUCACCGCGUGCCCCUUCAACGGCUGGUACAUGGGCACAGAGAUAGGAGUGCGAGACUUCUGUGACGUGCAGCGCUACAACAUCCUGAAGGAGGUAGGGAGGAGAAUGGGACUGGAAACAAACAAACUGUCAUCGCUGUGGAAGGACCGGGCUGUUGUAGAGAUCAAUGUGGCUGUGCUUCACAGCUUCCAGAAGCAGAAUGUGACUAUCCUGGAUCACCACUCGGCCUCCGAGUCCUUCCUGAGGUACCUGCAGAGCGAGUACCGCGCGCGGGGCGGCUGCCCGGCCGACUGGGUCUGGAUCGUGCCUCCCAUCUCAGGCAGCAUAACGCCCGUGUUCCACCAGGAGAUGCUGAACUAUGUCCUCACCCCCUUCUAUUACUACCAGGUGGAUGCAUGGAAAACACAUGUGUGGCAUGAUGAGACCCGGAGGCCAAAGAAAAAAGAAAUAAAGUUUAGCAUGCUGGCAAAGGCUGUACUCUUUGCAUCCUCACUCAUGCAAAAAGCAAUGGCCACCAGGGCCAAGGUCACUGUAAUCUUUGCAACAGAGACGGGGAAAUCAGAAACACUCGCCAACACCCUGUGCAGCCUCUUCAACUGUGCCUUCAACACCAGGAUUCUGUGCAUGGAUGAGUACAAUAUUUGUGACCUGGAAAAAGAAACACUUCUUUUAGUGGUUACAAGCACUUUUGGAAAUGGAGAUUCUCCAGGUAACGGAAAGACCUUGAAGAACUCCUUGUUCACAUUGAAACUGCUGAGAAAAAAAAUUAGGUAUGCUGUGUUUGGUUUGGGGUCCAGCAUGUAUCCAGAGUUCUGUGCCUUUGCUCAUGCCAUUGACCAAAAACUGGCCCAGCUCGGGGCUUCCCAGCUCACUCCAGUCGGUGAAGGGGAUGAACUCAAUGGGCAAGAAGAAACCUUUCACACCUGGGCAGUCAGUGCUUUCAAGGCUGCCUGUGACAUUUUUAACAUCCGUGGAGGACACAGUAUUCAGUUACCUGAGAUCUACACCUCUGAGGAAAGCUGGGAUCCUACCAGUUAUAGGACAGUGUAUGACUCUCAGCCCAUGAACCUGGCUAAAGCUCUUGCAAGCAUUCACACCAAGGAUAUAAUUCCCAUGAAGCUGAAAUUCAGGCAGAAUCUUCAAAGUUUAAAGUCCAGUCGUGUCACCAUUCUGGUUAAACUCUCCUGUGAGGCUAAUCAGGAAGUGCACUACCUGCCUGGAGAACACAUUGGGAUUUUCCCAGGCAACCAGCCAGAACUAGUCCAUGGCAUCAUUGCACGUGUCCACGAUGCCCCCCCAGCUGAUCAGACUAUCAGGCUUGAAACCUGCACAGAUGGUGGCUACUGGACCAGUGACAGAAAGAUUCCAACCUGCACACUCCCUGAGGCUUUGACAUACUUGCUUGAUAUCACUACUCCACCCUCCCAACAGCUGCUAAAGAAACUCUCCCAGCUGGUGACAGCAGAAGGAGACAGACAGAGGCUGGAAGUGUUGUGUCAGAGCACAGAAGAAUACAAUAAAUGGAAGUUUUACAACAGCCCAAACAUCCUGGAGGUCCUGGAGGAGUUUCCCUCUGCUGAGGUCUCCACAGCUUUCUUGCUGACUCAGCUGCCAUUUCUGAAGCCCAGGUACUAUUCUGUCAGCUCCUCCUGUGACAUGACAGCCAGAGAGAUUCAUCUGACAGUUGCAGUUGUAAACUACAGGACAAGAGAUGGAGAGGGGCCUUUGCACCAUGGAGUCUGCAGCACAUGGCUGAACACAAUAGCUCUUGAUGAACCAGUUCUGUGCUUCAUACGCAGUGCUAAUGAAUUCCAUCUCCCAGAGGAGCCAGCCCAGCCCUGCCUCCUGAUCGGCUCGGGAACAGGGAUCGCUCCCUUCCGGAGCUUCUGGCUGCAGCGUCUCUAUGACCUGGAGCAGAGAGGGAUCAAAGGAGGGGACAUGACACUGCUGUUUGGCUGCCGACAGCCAGACCUGGAUCACCUCUACAGAGAGGAAACCGAGGAAAUGAAGAGGAAGGGAGUCCUGAAAGAGGUCUACACAGCUUACUCCAGACUGCCUGGCCAAGCUAAAGUCUAUGUUCAGGAUGUCCUGCAGAGGCAGCUGGAGGCCGUGGUGUGUGAGGUGCUGCAGGGCCAGGGCCACGUGUACGUGUGCGGGGACGUGCGCAUGGCCGGGGACGUGGCGCGGGCGCUGCACGCGCUCAUCGCCAGGGCCCUGCGGCUCAGCCAGCUGCAGGCACAGGAGUACUUCUUCCAGCUCAAGAGCCAAAAGCGAUACCAUGAAGAUAUAUUUGGGGCUGUGUUCCCACAUGAAGUCAAAAGAGCUUUAAAACCCACCAGUUAAAGAACAAAUCCACUUCUGUUUUAGACAAUACUUGCACAUUUGUUGUUACUUUCAAAAAACAUGGAGUCAAAUCCUUUUUCAUAUACAUGUUCAAUAGUGCACAUAUAUAGGGUUGUAGGAUUUGACUCUUAAACCUCAGCCUUAAUUAAGAAAAGCACUAAAUUUAACUUUUGUUGCUAUUUAUUCUGACACUCUUUUAAUAGAUUAUCUUAAUAGUGAAAAUACAAAUUAUUUUUUAAUAUUGUCUAUGCUAGUAUAAAUCUGGUAUUUUUUGUAAAUAAAAGGAAAAUGUAGAAUUUUGUACUAUGUUAACUAGAGCUGAAAUCUUUUUUUGAAAUGUACUGUUUAUCUUUGUGACUUUAUUUAUAUCAGAUUGGUUUAUUUGCAUAUUAACUUCCCUUGGAAGCAAGUGAAUGGAUGGUUGUGUUACUGGGAGUUGUCUGGCCACAGGCCUUGCUGGAUCUGGAGCAACGUUUGCAAAUGAGAUAAUGAUGUGCUGGUCCCAGGUGGAAACACCUGCAUCUGCUUCAGCUGUAUCUGUAGAGCAGGUAGUAGUGUUGAAUUGUGCUUUGUGUGAUUCAGGUACAUGAACCUGAGUUGUUGUUACACAGCCUGUGGCAGGAAGGUUCUGAAAAUUCCAAAGCACUUUCUUACAUUUGAAUCCUAUGCUCUGGUUUACUUGAUUUGUUUGUAAUAAAA